GUUUGGACACCACAGGUCGGCCUAAUGUUUCAGAGAGGACGGCACUGGCCUUUAAUUUGGAAACCUUCUCUCAGGAAGUCCCGAGAUUUAGGCUGCAUGGACACAUCUUCAAAGACGUGGCUGCCGCAUCAGAGUCAGUUUGGGUUGGUUGGUCAAGCGGAGGUCUGCUGUGGCGGACCUGGAGUUUUAACCCCAAACCAAUCUCGCAGGGCAAGUUUUGCCUCUGUAAGACAGUCAAGCAUGGAGACACCUCCGAACGCGACCCCGCAGCCCUUCAGACAGCCGAGUUUUCUCAAUCGGCGGCUGAAGGGCUCCAUCAAGAGGGCGAAAAGCCAACCCAAACUGGACCGGACCAGCAGCUUCAAGCAGAUGAUCCUGCCCCGGUUCCGCAGUGCUGACCAGGAGAGGACACGCUUGAUGCAGAGCUUCAAAGAAUCCCACUCCCAUGAGUCCCUGCUGUCUCCCAGCAGUGCAGCAGAGGCUCUGGACCUCGUUCUGGAUGAAGAUGCCAUAAUCAAACCUGUCCACUCUAGCAUUUUAGGACAAGAAUACUGCUUUGAGGUAACCACCAAUUCAGGGACAAAAUGUUUUGCCUGCCGUUCAGCUUCAGAAAGAGACAAAUGGAUUGAAAACCUACAACGAGCGGUCAAACCGAACAAGAAUUCGCCGUUUCAAUUUCAGGAUAACAGCAGACGGGUGGACAACGUGCUCAAGCUGUGGAUCAUCGAAGCUCGGGACCUCCCGGCCAAGAAACGCUACUACUGCGAGCUGUGUCUGGACGACAUGCUGUACGCGCGCACCACCAGCAAACCCCGGACCGACACCGUCUUCUGGGGCGAGCACUUUGAGUUCAACAACCUGCCUACCAUUCGUAGCCUUCGCUUGCACCUCUACAAGGAGACGGACAAGAAGAGACGCAAGGAGAAAAGCACAUACCUUGGCCUUGUCAGCAUCCCCAUAUCCAGCAUCACGGGCCGGCAGUUUGUGGAGCAGUGGUACCCGGUCAUACAGUCCAGCGUGUUGGCCAAGAGCGGCGGUGUGGGAAGCACCAAGGUCAUCAACGCGUCGCUGCGGGUCAAAUCCCGCUACCAGACCAUGAACAUCCUCCCCAUGGAGCUCUACAAGGAGUUCGCCGAGUACAUCACCAACAACUACCGAACACUGUGUGCCGUCCUGGAGCCGCUGCUGAGCGUGAAGAGCAAGGAGGAGGUGGCGUUCGCCCUGGUGCACAUCCUUCAGAGCACAGGGAAGACUAAGGAGUUCCUGUCAGACAUGGCGAUGUGCGAGGUGGAUCGAUUCAUGGACCGUGAGCACUUGAUCUUUCGGGAGAACACACUUGCUACAAAGGCUGUGGAAGAGUACCUCAAACUGAUCGGUCACAGAUACCUCAAGGAAGCUAUAGGUGACUUCAUUCGAGCCUUAUACGAGUCUGAGGAGAACUGUGAGGUGGACCCCAUGCGCGUCCCGCCGUCAGUCCUCGCCGACCACCAAGCCAACCUUCGCAUGUGCUGUGAGCUGCUACUCUGCAAGAUCAUUAACUCCCUCUGCAUCUUCCCCCGGGAGCUGAAGGAGGUCUUCGCCUCGUGGAGAGCGCGGUGCGCGGAGCGCGGGCGGGAGGACCUCGCCGACACCCUCAUCAGCUCCUCCCUGUUCCUGCGCUUCAUGUGCCCGGCCAUCAUGUCGCCGUCCCUCUUCAACCUGAUGCAGGAGUACCCCGCCGAGCGCACGUCCCGCACGCUCACGCUCAUCGCCAAAGUCAUGCAGAACCUGGCCAGCUUCAGCAAAUUUGGACCCAAGGAGGAGUACAUGUAUUUCAUGAAUGAGUUCCUGGAGAUGGAGUGGGCCUCCAUGCAGCAGUUUCUCUACGAGAUCUCCAACAUGGACGCCGGCGGGAACGCCGGCGGGUUCGAGGGCUACAUCGACCUGGGCAGAGAGCUGUCCAUGCUGCACAGCUUACUGUGGGAAGUGAUGGGCCAGCUCAGCAAGGACGCCAUCCUCAAGCUCGGCCCUCUGCCGCGGCUGCUGAACGACAUCAGCGUGGCGCUGAGGAACCCGCAGCUCCACAUGCCCACGAACCACCAACCCGACCGGCCAAAGGACCGACUCUUCUCCCGCCCGUCCUUCAACCGUCUCAUGUCCUCUGACUUCCAAAGCCUUAUGAUGCGCGACUUGAACAGCUCCAUCGACAUCUCCCGCCUGCCGUCUCCCACGACCGGCGUGUCGGCGGUGGAGUCGCUCUCCUCCAACCUGAACAUGAGGCGCCACGCCGAACGGGACCUCCGCUCAUCCAGGGAAGUUUUCUACGUGACCCGGCCGCCGCUGGCCCGGUCGAGCCCCGCCUACUGCACCAGCAGCUCGGACAUCACAGAGCCGGACCCCAAGGUCCACAGUGUAAACAAAAGCGUGUCCAUGAUGGACCUCCAGGACUCUCGGAUGAACAGCAUCUCCAACCUGAACUCGGUGGGCGACAUGCUCACCUCCUCUCAAGCCUCCAUCGCCGGGCUGGGCCACAGCUUCGGGAACCUCGGCGCUCCUCUCCGCAUGGGGGGCCAUAUGCCGGCAGGUUCGGCCGGCUCCGGCCUGAGACUGAGCCAGAUGGGCCACGUCGGGGGGCCCACCGAGUCCAUCUCCCAGCAACAGCAGCAGGCGGCGGCCGCCAUGAACUUCCCCCUGUCUUUCCAGAACCCGCUAUUCCAUCUGGCCGCCCAGAACUCCCCGGCCCAGGCCCAGCCCCCGCCGCCCCUCCUCCUCGCCCCCGAGCCUGAGAAUGGCCACCACGACUACGCGCCGGCCUUUGGCAACAGCGCCUUCUCCCGCAGCGAGGACUUGUCCGCCCUGCGGUCGCAGAGCAGCCUGGUGCAGCCCAGCAUCGUCCACUCGCACAGCUACAGCGACGACUUCACCCGGCAGAACCAGAGCAACGACUACGCCUGGCACCAGCUGUCCCUGCAGGUGCAGGAGUCUCUCCAGAAUCAGCACCUGAUGGGAGUCACCUCCCAGACCGGCACGGGCACGGGCACGCCCGCCUCCCUCGCCACGCCGCCGACCACCGUCCACCCCGUGCGCCAGGCGUCCAUGGCCGCGGCGCACCUCAAGUCCCAGCGCUCCAUCAACAUCCCGGCCACCGCCACCCCGCCGAAGGCUCGCCCGCAGAGCAGGAACCUCCUCCUCGGCUCCUCCGACGCCAGCUUCGGCGGCGGCCAGUCCAAACUGCGCCAGGCUCAGCAGGCGUCGCAGCAGCACGCCCAGCCGCCGCCGCCGCCGCAGCAGCAGGACGGUCAGACGUCGGUGACCGACAGUCCGGCUCCGGGGCUCCCGUACCAGACCAGCUCCGCCAAAGAGAACCAGGGCCCCAACGCCGCGGCGGAGGAGUCGACGGACACCCCCACCAAGAGCACCAAGAAGUCCCAGCAGGCGCAGCUGCAGCCGCCGCAGCAGCAUCUGCUCAAACCAGUCGUCAAUAAACAGGGUUCUCAGUCGACUCUGAGCACCCCGGCCAUGAACGAGCGGACGGUGGCCUGGGUGUCCAACAUGCCGCAUCUCUCUGCGGACAUCGAGAGCCUCCGGCCGGACCGCGAGGGCCAGCUGAAGGAGUACUCCAAGAGUAUGGACGAGUCACGGCUGGAAAGGGUAAAAGAAUACGAAGAAGAGAUUCAUUCGUUGAAGGAGCGCCUGAAGAUGUCGCACCGUAAGCUUGAGGAGUACGAGCAGAGACUUAUGACGCAGGAGCAGCAGACUAACAAGAUCCUGCAGCAGUACCAGAACCGACUGGAGGACAGCGAGCGCCGCCUCAAGCAGCAGCAGCUGGAAAAAGACACCCAAAUCAAAGGCAUCAUCAACAGACUCAUGGCUGUGGAAGAUGAGCUGAGAGGGGGUGCCAUUCCUGAUAUUAAGCCUCGAAUCCUCACAGACCAGUCGAUCAGCCAGGGCUACGGCGCCCUCCCGGGAUCCUGACUGCGGUUUCCCAAGUGACCAGAAUUCAUGAUGGUCACUCGGGUGUGAUCCAACAGAUUCAGAUCUUUCUACAAAAACA